CUGAUGUAAACAAAUAAAUGAAACUUGACAUGAAAAAGCCUUGCUGGAGUAGCAGGCUCGAGGUGAUCUGCACAGGAAAAAGGCAAAAAUGACAGAUGAAACAACAUGUGGUUCCUGUUUUGCAUGCCAGCGGAUUCUAGGGGAAAGUCGCAGUGUGAAAGGAAGUGCUCGUCUCAAACACUCAAACAAAUUGGUGAAUGAAGCCAUAUCUGAUAUUGUGAAUGAAAAAGUAUCAGCUCCCAAAUUGUGCUUUAGAUGUUAUAGAUUAGUCUUAGGUAUAGAUUAUCAUCAACAUGAAUUUCACAGAUUAAUGCAAUCUUUCAUAAAGAUAUUUAGUGAAAAGAAUAAGACUGUAGGAAGUGUUAAUGCAAAGAAGUCCAUGAUAGUAAGUAACAAAUCACCUAUAUUGAGUUCUGAAAUAAUUCAGGAUGGAACAAAAUCAGAAGAUUCAUGUAAAGAUGUUAACAUUGUUUUGAGUAAUGAUAAUGAUGAAGUUAAGAUCAUAGAUCCUGUCUUGGAGUCAGUUCAAUUAGAUUUUUUAGAGUAUGACUCUAGAGAAGUAGUACCCUACAUUCAUUCAGCUGUAGGAAAUCAGGAUGAAACUAUAAGAGAAGAUAGAGAAAGAGAUUAUAGACAAGGAAAAUAUAAUACCACAAGCUUUAGUAGCAAUGAAAGAGAUUUCAAGAGAAAUCAGUUGGAUGAAGUGGAUUUAGCUGGGAUAUUAACACAGUCAAGAAGAAGACCGAAAGUGCCAAAAAAAUAUGAUGAUUAUGAGUAUUACCCAGAAAACUACAGCCAGCCAAAGAAUGAACCAGAAGUGAAGGAACAGCAAGAGGAAUCUUGUGAUGGUAGUCCUCCCUUCAAGUGUAGCCUUUGUCAGAAUUUCUUCAGCACUAAGAAAUCGUAUAGCUGUCAUGAAUGCUUCAAAAAAGAGAGAGAAGAUAUUACAUACAGAUGCAAAGGUUGCCAAGAGAUAUUUUCAGUCAGACGGGAGUACAUCAAGCAUAUAGACUUGUGCUACAAAAAUGUUCCUGUUGAGUGUCAUCUGUGUUUGAGCAAACUACAGAGUGCAGCAUAUCUUCCAAGACACAUUGAGUCAUUUCACAAAGGAUCUCCUGUCUAUAAGAAGAAUACGCUUUGUGAGCACUGUGGGAGGGGUUUCAGCAGAAAGGAAGCAUUGGAACGGCACCAAGCACAAGCCCAUGGCCUUGCCCAUGGGACUCACCAGUGCCCUCAGUGUGGUCGUACUUUCCUCCACACAUCCCUUCUAGCAGAGCACAUGAGAGCACAUAAAGGAUACACCUGUGUUAUCUGUAGCAAGAUCUUCAGUUGUAUGUCAAACCUCAAAUUACACAAAAAGGCACACCAUCAAAAAGUAACCUCGUAUAAAUGUUCAGGUUGUAAUAAAUCCUGGAAAUUUCAUGCAAGUUACACAUAUCAUAUGCGUAAGGUUCACGGGUCAUUACUUCUAAAGUGCUCAGCGUGCAAAGAGCGCUUUCCAACCCAAGCUGAACUGGAGCAUCAUAAGGAAACAUGCAAGUCCAGGGCUAGUCAAGGAAGUACAAAGGAAGAUUCUGCCAGUGAAGAAAAAAAUGUUAGGAAGGAGACUGAUUCAAGUUCAGCACACCAUUCAUCAAAGCAUUCACCAAAUGAAACUCUAAGAAAAAAGGGUCAAGGAAACAAAAUUGUAGACUCCGACAUUGGUUCUUCCUCAGUCUAUAAUAAGCAGAAAGUAAGCCAUGGAACUGCCAAAAAAUAUGAUGCAGAAGGAGGCAAAGAUAGGCACAACUAUUCACAAUCUCAAAACACUCUGAACCUAAAUGUGCAACCUGGGAAAGAGACACAUGCUAUGAUGGAAACAAGAAAUCUGACCGUUGAAGUAAAUGAUGUUCCUAAUAAGCCUAAAGAUGAAUUAUUGCUAGUGCCACAAAUGCCGCAGGGAGAACAGGUCAUAUAUGAAGUUGGGGAACAAGAAUCCAUUGAGCCGCCAUCAGAUAAUAUUAUUGUGGAAACACUUGAUGAUCUAACAAAUGAUUGUCAUUAUGUCAUUCUUGUAGAUGAAAUGGAUUAAGGUGCUGCAUAAUUUAAGUGAUAUUCUGCCUUUAUAAUGUCUUCCAUAAAGACAUUUAUCCUGAAUGAAACACACUAUGCAUACAUCUUUUUACCAUCUUUCUAAUGUAAAUAAAUUUAUGCAGUAUAAUACCCUUCAAAGUUAUUGAAUCAGUUGUUCUUGUUGUUACUUUUCAGUGUUAUGCUAGCACUGCAAUUGUCCUUUGUUGCAAUUUUUACAUGAUUUUAUGUUGUUAAUCUUUCUCAUUCAAAUUUAUUUUAGCAGUAUGUGUGUCAUUAAUUCACAGGUAAGUCACAAUUAUCUUUGAUGAGGCAAAGAGGCAUGAGGACAUGAUUAACAAACAUUUAGAAAAGCAAAAUAUAUAUAGAUAUCAUAUUUUACAUGUGCAGUAUUUAUGUAAUUUUUUGUUCUUGAGUUCUUCAAUAAUUACAGAUUUUCAGUUUCUGAUACUGUUUAGGUUUAAAUCUAAAUAACUCAUGCCUCUAAAUAUUUUUGUUGCACAUAUUUUAUCAUGCAUACACUAUAAGCUUAUUAUUUCUUCUCUGAUGAUAUUUCAUCUGUUAAGAACAAAAUAUAGUACUUACCAUAUUUAGAUAUAUAUAUGCUCAGGCCAUUUUGCUCUCUUUGAAUUCUUUUUUUGUGUGUUUUGCAAAUAUACAUAUUCCAUAAGAGUAUAUAGAAGUAUUUGUCCUUUUUUAUUGUAAGCACUCAAGGAUCAACUGUACUUUUGAGUAUGCAAGGUUCAUGUUUGAUUAUUCAAGAUGUGCCUAUAACCACUCUUUAAGGUAAUAAAAAUUGUUUCAUUUCAAUGACCAAGACAGUUACUAGGGAGUUGAAAAUUUGUAUUUUGCAUUUGAUUAUUUUUGAAAAAUAAGUGUCACAAUCAAAUUAGUCAUUAAUGAUAUAUCAUUCUUUGAAAUAUGUGUUGGAAUAUCCAAAAGUCUUGACAUUUUAGGUGUAUUAUUAAAUGCUGCUAUUUAUAAAGCUUUUCUGUUAUACUCUGGGAAAGUUUGUCUUCAUGAUUUCAGGCUCUGAUAUUCGUUUACAAGGUUUUCUACAUUAUGUAUGAAGUUUUUCAGACUGGUGGUAUACAUAAUAGUUCUUGUUUGUUAAAAUUAGAUUGAAUUUAAUGCUUUACAUAUUUGUAUAAGCAUUUUUUUCAUACAAAAAUGGCAGCGUGGACAUGACAAAGUAAUCCUUGGGGAUCUGAAUUUGGUUACCUUAACCCAAUGCUGCUGGGGAAAAUGUUGUGUUCACUUUAGUAUUGUUUUGUUAAAUGUUUAUGCACAUCGAUGGCUCUGGCAAUGCUUAGCCACAAAGGAGCCAAUUAGUAGAUCUUGGGACUCACCUUUCCUUGAAAUAGUGGGAAAAUGUUAUUUUUGUUAUAAAUCUUAUCAUUAUUAUAUUGUUAUUGACAUUACUAACAGCAGUAUUAAAUUCUAUAAAAUAUCAAUGAAAGGGUUUAACAGGUGAGACAGGUACUUCUUGUAACUGGCUCAUUUGCAGUAUAGUAUGUUUGGGGCCAUCUAUAUGUGGUUAACAAGAUUAGCAAAUUGGAAAAUUCUCCGAAUAAUUGCCUUUAAUGUGGAUCAAGAAUGUCACCAAAGAAGAGAGAAAUAGUGAGUGAUUUUAUGUUUUGAUAAGCAGCAUUUUAGGGUUAUUGUGAUUUGAAAAUUAAUACUUGUAUUUUUUAAACACAUUUUCAGUAAAGCAGCUAGAUUCCUGUCACAUUAAAGUGUGUAGUUGGUUCAAUAUAUAUUAUAUAACUUUAAAUAUUCCAUUCUUUUCUUGCUGGUUAUAUGAGUAACAUCAAAACAUUGCGUGUAUGCAUAUUCAAAAGGUUCCUUACAUGUAAGCUAACAGGGUUGUAAUCUGUGCCAAAAAAGUAACUUAAUUUGUUUUAUAUUUGAUAUGUAUUUUUUUAAUAUUGUUCAGUCUGGAUAUAUAGCAAGCCAUACCAUGUUUUGUUACUGCCAUAGACAAAAGUGUUUUGCACCACAGACCAUCAGUUGAUGUCUAACUUGAUAGCAUUUCAUGUUAACAAUACUUUAACCUACUGCCACUGGGAAAAUGUAGUAUUUACUGUGGUAUUGUUUUGUAAAAUGUCUGUGUACAUAGAUGGCUUCAUAAUUAGUUCAUUAGUCAAUUAGUCAACCUUGUGACCUUACUUGAUUCCACUUAUCAUCAGAAUUGUUGCUGGUAUUAUUAUUAGAGACAUUAUAAUCAUUAUAAUAUUGACAUUACUACCACCAAUAUAAGAUAAAAGAAAAUAUUUCUGAAAAUCAAGGAAAAGGGUAACCAGGUGACUUACUUAGUACUAGUAAUUGGCUCAUUGGUUACUAAGUAUUUGGGGAGCCAUCUAUGUGAAGAGACAGUUAAUGAACGAAACUCAUAGUGGGCAUGGCAUGUUCAUACAUGCCAUCCCUGGCAGCUUUGAAUUGAGGCUUUUAAUUCUGAAGUAAUUUUGAAGUACAAAUAUUCAUCUAUAUAAUUAUGAAUGAGCCUCUAAAAUAUAUGAGAGCUAAGAAGAGGCCAUAGGUUUAAAAUGAGAGCCAUCAGAUUCAACAUUACAAGUACAUUUAAGACAAAAGAUUAGUAUGAUUAACAUAUGUAACCAAUGAUAGCACCAAAGUAGUUUUUAAAUGAGUUGAUUUGUAAUAGUAUAGGCUUCAUUCACCCUCAUCAUGAUUAGUGACCAGCCAAUCAUUGAUUAAGCUCUUACCAGUAGUGGUUGACUUUAUACCACUACAACUCGCUUUCACAAAAAUAGCAAAUCCAACUGUAGUCAUUCAAAGGUCAAAGUUGGUCCCAUAUCAAUGUGGACGUAGGGAACAUACUCAUUGAGAAACAUGCUUACUAAGCAGCAGAAUGAUGCAGUCGCGUGGCCAGUUCCUUUCUGCCCCGACUUUUACCCCAGUAUGCUGACAUCAGCGCUCAUUCACAGGUGAGUCGACAGACCACCCAGGACCAUGUGAUUGCAAAGCCAGCGCUCUACCACUGAGCUAUGCCACCUCUCGUAUAACAUUGUAGAUGUGAUUGAUGUGAAAAGCUUAGUUUUAUAUUGAUGAGAAUCAGACCAUAAGAAGAAGCAAACACCAUUAUUCCAUUUAAGUGUCAAAUAUUAUUCUUGCCAUAUGUGAUACAGCCAUGCAAGUCAUUCUGAUUACUCUGUGGAAAGAGGCAUGACUCUAUAUACCCAGAUUGAAUGUACUAUAGAAAUUAUUGCAAGUUAGAAAUUCCCAAUUUUCAUAAGAUAGUGUUUUUUCUGGUACAGAGGUGCAAAAUAUUGUUCAGCAGUGAACAUUCAAAUACUUUUGGCAUAGUGUCUCUUUUGUGAGAAUGAUUGCUGUGACUUGUUUAUAUGAGGAAAGAUAUAUUAUUACUUUUUGCUACCAUGUGUGGAUAUUACGUAAAAGAGAAAAUAUCAUUAUUGUUUUAUUUACACAAUAUUUUCCAGUCCUGUGCCAUUGCUUUUCAUUUUCAGUAUUAUGCAAAUGCAUAUUAUUAUUGAUUAGAACUUCAUUUGCUGUUUCUUUCAGCCUUUCUUUUAUCUUUAAUGUGUCUAGACCAUUUUUCUAUCUCUACAAAUGUUAUAUUUAAACCCAGUUGUUCAUGAAAAACUGUUUUCAGUGUAUUUAUGAAUAACCUAAUAUCUGAAUUUUGCAUUUGGGAGAAAUCAUCUCUUAGUUGUAUGGGCUUAUCUAUAAGUGCUACUCAACAAAUAUCUGAAGAUAGAUUCUUUUAAGAAAUGAAAGCAUUAAAAGUAUUGAAUAUAUUUUUUCUUCAUAUUGGUUGAAUUUUAAAAAUUAUUUUGACUUACCCAAGUUUAGCCAAUUAUAACUGUCCUUGAUUAGUACUUGUGCUGCAGUUCAGUUUAACUUUAUCAUGGCAGGGCCAGAAUUUUGUGUGACAUGAUAAUUACACAACAGGGCAUUUGCUAUGUACAGCUGGCCCACCAACUUGCUCACUAGAGUGAAUUGUGAUGUACCCAUGACUAAGGUGUUCAUUAUAUUCAUAAUAGUUUUACCAAUAUAUUUUGGAUACAAGAGAGGGAAUAUUUAUUAUGCUUCAUAACAUCUUAACUGAACUACUGGUUAUACAUUUGGAUUUCAAGUUUAUUUUAUUUCUUUACUGAGCAUAAUACAGGGAACAUAAAUAACAUGAAGAAAUAAUAAAUUUAUUUACAAAGGUAACAAUAUAGUGUUUUUACAAGUAUACAACAUAGCCUACACAGUAUUUACAAUAUCAUAAGAUAAAAUUUGAACUCUGUAAAACAACUCUUUGAGUGACAAAGAGACCAAGGCUAUUAGGAAGUUAAAGUUGGCCUCAAUUCUUUUCACUGGAUAAAUACACCAAUACUGCGGUGAUAAUCUACUAGUUGCAUAUUUUUACUUGGUAAAAUCUACAAGAAUUUCAGGCCAAGAUUUCAUUCUGAUAAUGGAAAGCAUUUUUUUAGUAUGAAAACUUGAGAAAUUUAUUUUUUUGAAAAAAAAAAAA